GAUGUCGAUAAUAUUGACAAAUGAGUGAAUCGGAUCAUACAUUUCAUUUCCCAGUUCCUUCUGGAAAUAGAUUUAUUGUAGGGAUGUAUUAAAUAUGAGCAAAUAGACAACUGGUUCAUUAUGUUUUGACUGUAAUUUUUGUGAAUACGACAGAAUGAGGUCACCGUUACACAGCAUGGACGACUUCAUGUUUUGCUUGUUGGAAUAAACUCUGAUAUUAGGUCUAAUUGGUUUCGGAUAUUAGCCUGCUGUCAACAUUUUGUCGAAAUGAGAACGUGUCCUAAUACAGUAGAAUGUUUGAAGCUUUUAUCAUUUCCAUCGGGAGGUUUGAUAAUGUAUCGAUACAUGAAGUCAUAAAUAAAGGAAUGUGUGUUUCAUACAGUAUCAUCAACUAAAUAAAUUGUGAUUCCAAACUAGCUGUAGGAAUAACUUUGGACUUAAUAAUUACAACUGUUUGCAGGAAUAAAUGCCAUUGAACUAACUUAACAGUGGCUAUCAUUUUGAGAGAGUUUGUGGCGUCCACUUUGAUUUGUUACUAUGAAAACUAAGAAUGUAGCAAAUGAAUCUUCAUGUUAUUUUGGAUGUGGCAUUAAGUGUGGUGUCAUUGAAUUAACAAGCUUUGUUUUACGAUGAUUUAGGAUUGCAAGGAUUUAAAGCGAUUAUGUAUGAAAUGUACAGAACUAAAAUGCUUAAGUAUUAUCUUUGUAACAGGCAAUGAUUGACAGUUGUGUAACUUUAUAUAAAAAGACAAAUCACAGCAUGCACUAUGAGUUUUGACAUUCUGCUUUGCACGUGCAUUGACGUCAUCAUGAUAACGCUCGUUGCAUCUAUCAACCCUAGGUGUGAUGUGUCUGUAAAUGCAGAUCCUAUUGAUCAACAAAUGUGGUUUGAAUGUCUAGUAGAAGACCUGUUUGAAUCUUCUAAAUACAGUCCUCUGGUUAGACCUGUGAACAGAAUUAAUGACACAAUUACAAUAGACUUUAGUAUACAGUUGAGUCAAAUCAUAAGUGUGGAUGAGAAGAACCAGAUUAUGAAAACGAACGUAUGGCUUCAAAUGUAUUGGAUAGACUAUCAACUUGUUUGGGAUCCAAAGGAUUACGGCGGUAUUCAAGCAUUGCGGAUACGACCAGAGAAGGCAUGGACACCGGAUAUUGUGCUAUUUAAUAAUGCUGACGGUAACUACGAAGUUUCAUACAGGUCAAAUGUCAUAGUGUAUCCUAAGGGUCAGGUAAAUUGGAUUCCACCAGCUAUAUAUAAAAGUUCAUGUACAAUAGAUGUACAGUUCUUUCCCUUUGAUGAGCAACGAUGCGACAUGAAAUUUGGUUCUUGGACUUUUCGAGAAGACCAGUUAAAUUUUACAUUUUACAUGAACAUGAAUUCCCUCGACGUAACGGAUUAUCUAAAAAGUGGGACAUGGGAUAUCUUAGAUAGUCCAGCCAAAAUUGAACGGAGUAAACACCCGGGAACUGGUGAGAUGAAAACGAUGGUUAUAUUUACAUUUCGUUUGCGCAGGAAGACAUUGUUCUACACCGUGAAUCUCAUUAUACCAUGUGUUCUUAUAAGUUUUGUUACUAUUUGUGUUUUUGCUCUACCGGCAGAUGCAGGGGAGAAAAUCACUCUUUGUAUUUCUAUUUUGCUGGCACUUGUUGUGUUUCUUCUCCUGAUAUCAAAGAUUCUUCCGCCAUCAUUAACCAUACCGCUUGUUGCCAAGUACUUGUUAUUUACAUUCAUAAUGAACAUAGCCGCAAUAUCUUUUACGGUGAUAGUUAUAAAUAGAAAUUACCGUACACCUAGGACACAUCAGAUGCCUUACUGGGUCAGGUUUGUUUUUUUAAACCACUUACCCAGACUUCUAUGUAUGGAGAGACCUGAUCACGAUACCAGGUGGCAACCUCCGGAAAUAGAUGACAGUGAUGACCAUCAUUUCUCUUCACCCUUACGUUUAAGUUCUCAUGUACCGGAUGUUACUCAGACAAUUUCAAAUACAUCCGGGCAUUAUGAAACAUUUGAUGCAUUAGAGUUACCGGAAGUGCAUCGUCAUCAGCGUUGUAGACUAGGCGUAUCGCCUGUUAGAGAGCCAACACCAAUGGUGGCUAAUUACGAUGAUUCUGCGAUCACGCAUCUUUCCCCGGAUAUAGUUAAGGCAGCUGAGGCGCUCCGAUUUAUAAGUCGACAUUUGAAGAAUGAAGACGAAUAUAAUACGGUGCUUGACGAUUGGAAAUACGUGGCUCGAGUUAUAGACAGGUUGUUGUUGUAUAUAUUUUUGAUAGUGACUGUUUCUGGAACUAUAGGUAUACUGAUGCAAGCACCACAUAUUCUUGAAUACGUCGAUCAAGAUCAAAUCAUUCAGGACAUCAUUAGGAAAUGGGAUUUUGGAGCGCCUUAAUAGAACACACAGAAGAGAUGACAAAUAUAUAUGUGCCAAUUUACAAUCACGACCGAAUGAAUGAAGUGUGACAUGUCUUGUUGCAAUUUUUUUUUGUGUUUGUUCAGGACACUUUUCAAAAAAUAUCAUCAUACCUAUUAUGUAUGUUUCAGGAUCUAUCAGGACCUAUUUGUAAAUACAAUGACUUUUUUGAUUUCCUCUAUAUCAUGUUAAUAUUUUUUCAGUUAGUCUUAAAUAUAUAAAAGAUCAGUUUGAUCAAUAAUGACAGAUAGCUGAUUUUUUUUGCCAAAGAAAAAAAUAAACGUAGUUAAAAGCAGCAUGCCUCCAGAUACAUGAAAAUUUUGAGACAGUAAAAUAAUGUGAAUUGAACAAAGAAAGUAAUUUACACAUUGGAAACGGUACUUCAAAUCCACGUAAAUUACCAAAAACAAAUGUCAAAAUGUACAAAAAUAGCCCCUACUGCGUUAGUCACGCAGUAAAAAUAUUGUGAUACAUACUGCAAAAUCAGUCUUGAAUUGCACAAAACAUGAAAAUUAUUGCUUGAUUCUUGAAUUCUUUUCCUUUUCUUCAAAUAUUAAGACAUUUUUCUGACGUUUGUUUUUCCUAAAAUGUUUGGAAUUAUCUGCUGGCAAGCAGCUUUAAAAGAAGUCAAAAUAUGAUUUUAGAGUAUUAUAUAUUGAUUUGAAAAAAAACAAACAAAAAAAAACCAUAGAGUUGAUUUCGUCUCUGGUAACAAUAAAUAAAGAAAUCAAGGUAAAUUAUAGCUUAUCCAAUUACUAUUUGAUAUUUAAAUACAUCUUAUGGGUUGCUCUCGGGUACAAUUGAGUAACCCGUUCUUGCUUGCAUUUGCAAAUUAUAAAACAAGCUGUUGAGGAAUGUUUAGAACAUGAAUGAGAUAUUUUAUAGCACAUUUAGAUUAUGCGCAUAAAUUAUUAUCAGUUAAGAAAUAAGGAAAGGGAAGAUACCUGUAACUGUCGCAGACUCGCUUUUAUUGUGUUUGUUUAGUUAAAAGUCCAAUUUAUCAUUUACCGCGAUGGAUAAAAUAUGUAUAAAAUCAUUCCAGUAUUACAAAUUUAUUUUGAAAGAGAUAACAUGAUAGACUAGUAAUUAGAAGCUGCCCAGUUAUUUUUUGAUGAAAGACAAACUUUAAUGAAUGGGUCAAUACUGUGUUAUUACAAGUU